GGGGAAGGGCCGGGUAUGGCCUCCGUGCUCCGCGCUCCGGGCUCCGUGCCGCACCGCCGCAGCCGGCCCGCAGGGGGCAGCCGCCGGCCCGCUGAGGCCCGCCCGGUCGCGGCGGGGAUGGCGGAGGCGGCGGACGAGGCGGAGCUGGGCCUGCUGGAAUGCCGGGUGUGCUUCGAGCGGUACGGCCCCGGCGGGCAGCGGCGGCCGCGUAACCUGCCGUGCGGCCACGUCCUGUGCCGCGGCUGCGUGGAGGCGCUGGGCGGCCCCGAGCGGCGGCGCCUGGAGUGCCCCUUCUGCCGGCGGCCCUGCGGCCUCUGCGAGACCAGCGACUGCCUGCCGCUGCUGCAGCUGCUGGAGCUGCUGGGCCCCGGCGGCCGCAGCCCCUCGGCCCUCGGGAGGGCGGCCGGCGGCGCGGCCCCGCCGCGGCUGCAGCUGUCGCUGGGCGGCUGGGGGUCGCUGCUGAACCCCACGGGGGUGGCGGCGUGCCGGAGGUCGGGGCGCCUGGCGGUGGCCCACGACGGCAAAAAGAGGAUCCACGUCUUCGGGCCGAGCGGGUCCUGCCUGCAGCGGUUCGGGGAGCGGGGGGACGCGGGCAACGACAUCAAGUACCCGCUGGGCGUGGCGGUCACGGCCGACGGGCACGUGGUGGUCACCGACGGCGGGGACCGCUCCGUGAAGGCCUUCGACUUUGAGGGAAGGGGGACUCUGGCCGUGCGAGAAGGCUUCUGCCUGCCGUGGGGCCUGGGUGCCACCCCCGAGUGCGACGUGAUGGUGACGGACGCCGAGGCCGGAGCUCUGUACCGCCUGACGGCCGACUUUGGCAGCGGAAAGCUGAAGAAGUGCCAGCUGGUGCGGUCCAAAUUAACCAACCCCAGAGGGGUGGCGGUCUGCCCGAGCUCGGGUGCUGUUGUGGUGAUAGAGCACCUGAAGACUGAAGGACCAAGCAGCUGCAGCACCCGAAUGAAGAUAUUCAGCGCAGACAUGACUCUCAUUGGCCAGAUGGAUAGCUUUGGCCUGAACCUCGUUUUCCCCUCCAAAAUAUAUACCACGGCCGUGGCCUUUGACAAGGAGGGUUGCAUUGUCGUGACCGAUGUCUGCAGUCAGGCUGUGAUUUGCCUGGGGAAACCUGAGGAGUUUCCCAUCUUUAACCCUCUAGUUAGCCAUGGGCUUUCUUAUCCCGUAGGGCUGACGUACACAGCAAACAACUCCCUCGUUGUUUUAGACAGCGGUGAUCAUUCAGUAAAAAUAUAUAGCUCUGCUUGAGUGGGCUUAGAUGUGUUCUACUACUGGUUUGAGCUGCUUUUGGCUACAAAGUGUGUGCAGUACCGGUAUUCAGAGGCAUGUAGGGAGGGAGUAUUUCCUGGGCUUUACAUGAAGUGAAAUUGCCCUCUUAGAUCAAUGCAUUGUACUUCCCACAAAGUGUGAACCAAAUCCCAUGUAUAGCUGCAGGAGACAACGUGGCUGCUGCAGACCAAAGUCAGCAGCGAACCAACCAAGCAAUUAGGAAUUUUAGAACUAUUCCAUACACUGACAACCAAACAUUCAUGCUGCUUUUUGUGAAGUAUUAACAACAGCGUUUGGAAUGGAGUAAUCCAAGAUCUGCACCCGGGAGAGAAAAGAAUGCUUCUUUUGCUUACUGUUAUUCACAUUCUGUUUUUGACAGAUUUCUGCACGACAAAAGAGACUGAUUCAGUGAACUGAUAGGAGAAAUGGCAGCUUCAGCUCAAGGCCAAUUGAUCUAGCCAUGAUCGAUUGUAAUACAUGAGCUAUCAGCAUUUAGUGAGUUAUACAAUGUGAAUAGAUGCUCAAAGCCUUUUUGUUUUCUUCUCCAUAUUGGGGAAAUGCUCUUCUGGGUGCGCCCUUCUUUGUAUGCAUUUCUUAGCACCUCCUUAGCAUUUUACUGAAACACUAACACUUCCUGCGUAACACACACGGAUCCAUAUCUUCACUGUGAUGUGUGGUUACUGGCAUGGGUGGCUUUCCCUAAAAGCAUCUCCAUGUACUCGUGUUUAGACCAUGGGUACUUCUCCAUCUACAGAAUGGAACUGGCCAUGUUAGUAACGCAGGUACUCUUGAGAGAUUUCCAAUACUGCCCGCAUCUGUCUUGAAAUUAAUAUGGUACUUCUGCACCACUCUGCAAAAUUCAGUUGAAAUUUUGAAUGUUGGAGAGGAGUAAUAGGGACAGGGGCAUGAGAGCCUUGCCUUUUCCUAGCCUACAAAAAGUAUUUUGCUGAUAGCAGAUAGCAGAUUAAGAACUCUUUAUAUUUUCUUGAAAGCCGUUUUGCUGUGGGUGUGAGAUCUGUUGCCUUAUUACACCAAGGAAAUCCAAGGAUCUGUGUAUUAUUUUUAGAACAAUAUAACAUACCCACUAGAAUAUGUGAUGUAACACACCCACUAGAAGUCACUGCUGCAUUCUAGGAAUUCACCUGCUUCUAAAAUAAUUACUUAGGUAGUUCAGCACUGAAAGGAAGUUACAUAUAAAUGUGUCUUGUGAGGUGGAGACAAAUAGAUUAAGCUAACAUAAAACUUUUAUGGACGUAUAUUUGGUGACUGAAAGCAUGCGUGUUAACUAAAGCCAUUUCAAAUUCACGGGUAAUCUUUCUAUCGGUUAACUUUUCAUUUGGCUUUUGCUCUGACUUCUUGGCCGUUUAACAACUACUUAUAUUGCUGUAUGAAUAACAUGUACCAAAUAUUUCAAACUGGAGCAACUUUGGCCCUCAAAAUCAAACAAUGUAUUAAAGCUCUCGUAUUCAGACUAUGUGUUAAUAUAUUUUAUGUUCACAUUUAUAAAAGCAGAGCAAACAAGUAUAUUAAAUACAGCUAUUUGUAAAGGUUACUUGAAAAGUGGACGGGAUGUCAGAUACCCAUGGAGAUGGAUCCGUCGGAAUAUGAAUAAGAACAGAUGAAAGUGGGAUACAGCAGUGUCUAACCAAAUUGUUUUCACACUCCUGAGAACAGGAAGAGGCCAACACAUUCCUGUUUCUAAGAAAAUAAAAUUCUACAUCCACCCUA